UGUUGGUUAGAUUCUACAUUACAACGUGGUUGUUUAUUUUGAAUGGCGCCAUUUAUUUUUAUUUUGAAAUUCAGAGUAAAAUGUUCAGAAGUUUUUUUGGGUGUGGUCCAGUGGGCGGGGCAUCAUUUGGUCCUCGUUAUCCGUCCUCAUUAAAAUGUUUUAUGUUUUUGUUGAUAUUGUUGAUGCUCCUGACCGCGACGGAGGCGUCGCUCCGCCGCUCCCUCCCCCGUCUUGGAGGAGCAGAGAGGAGGCUGUGAGGUAAUGGUGCGCGGGGGGGGCGGCGGCGCUGGAGAGAGAGACGGGAUAUAGGACGGGCAUCAAACGGAGCCUCGGCGUCAGACGCUCCGCAUCUUCUCCGCAGCUGCGCCUCUCCUCCCGCCGGCAGAUCUGAUCAAGAGACUCGACAUCAAAGAAGGAAGAGGAAAGUGAGAAGGACUUCAUCAGACAUUAGCGGGUUUGGAGGCUACAUGCCAAGCAGUCUUUAGGAGAAACAUCUACCAGAACCAUGGAUUUUGUAAUGAAGCAAGCAUUGGGUGGGGCCACCAAAGACAUGGGUAAGAUGUUAGGUGGGGAGGAGGAGAAGGAUCCAGAUGCAGCUAAGAAGGAGGAGGAGCGACAGGAGGCACUGAGGCAACAAGAGGAGGAGCGGAAAGCUAAACACGCCCGCAUGGAGGCGGAGAGAGAAAAAGUACGGCAGACCAUCAGGGACAAGUACGGGCUGAAGAAGAAGGAGGAGAAGGAAGCAGAGGAGAAAGCGGCCAUGGAGCAGGCCUGCGAGGGGUCUCUGACCCGCCCGAAGAAGGCAAUCCCCAGGGGGUGCGGUGAUGACGAGGAGGAGGACGAGGAGAGCAUCCUCGACACGGUCCUGAAGUUUCUGCCGGGACCACUACAGGACAUGUUCAAGAAGUAAAACAAACCGAAAGACAUCAAAGGAACCCUGAGGGCGGGGUCCGGUCUGCUCUGGGCCGGGGUCUUUGACGUCUGGUUGACGAAGGAAAGCCUAUGGGGGGAAUUAUUUGGGGUAUUUCUAAGUAGGAAGGGUUUGGUUGUAGUUAAUAGAAGAUUACAGAUAAGGGAGGGGGGUCUAAUGAUUAGAGGCUGCACACUGCCUUUAGAGAUCUUUUAUUUUGUCCUUUUCUACCUUCCCCUUUGAAACUAAAUCUGUCAACCGCUGGUCGCAUGUUUGUUGCGGUUUUUUGGAUUACGGAGGGGAUGGAUCCUUCAAAGGAAAGAGGUUUUUGUUAUGUUUGGUUCUUCAAGUGACACUGCCAGUUUGUUUUUCACACCAUACAGAUUGUUUUCUACCUUUAUCGCCUGGUGGGGGGCCUCGUGUUAGAAAACAGAUCAGCGUUUAGGUUUAGAGGACGCGUGCCUUCAUGUCAUUUACAGCAAGGGUUUUGUUCUGAGUCAGGGUUGGAAUAACGUGUUUGAUCGUAGGAGGUGUAAACAGACUUUCCAGAUUUCAAACCAGAUUUUUGUUGGAAUCCAGUUCGGAACGUUGUUUUCAAAUAGUUUCAUUGAACUGCCAGAAACUUCAGAAGACCCACCAGUUGUUUACCAGCUUAAACUGCCGUCAAAGAAAAGUAGUGGUCACAGUGGUCUGAAUCCUGUAGACCAGUGGUCUUCAAACCAAGUUCUCCAAACUUUGCACUCUGCUUCUUACCUGAGCCAGGUGGUUCCACUUCAGAAAAGCUGAACACACUUGAUUCAGGUGAUCAGCGGUAAGUAGAGCGUGAAGAACUUUAGGAGAACCCGGGUUAAGACCACUGCAGUAGACAAUCAAAGCAUGAACUGAUGUGACUCCACAUUCCUCUUCACGUGCUGCCAAUUCAUUUCAAUAGAAUGAACCAGAAGGGAAAACUUCAUCCUCUUCUGACCGCUUUUUUUUUUCCUGUUCUCAAGAUCCUAGAAAUCCAGACCAAAGAAACCCUGGUGAGACCUACUGUUGUUUUUGUCACCACUUGUGCGCGCCGGCUCUGGUUUAAACUCAGAGUCAGGCAGAAAAAAACAUUCCAACGAACAUCUUGACGCCUUUGUGAAGUUUUACAGCACUGCUCUGGUAGAAUAAAAAAAGAAUCUGGUCACUGAGGUUUAAAACCAAGCUGUGGCAUCACCUUUGAGUACAUCCAUCGUACGAGAAAACAUUCCACGUAGUGAGAAAACUACACUUACUGAGAGUUACCUGAGACCAGUUCCAUAAAGCACCUAAUUAUAAAAACAUCUGCUGCUUUUCAAAGAUCUGAUUUGAGGUUUUCCCCUUUGCUAGAACUCCCUUUAUCUACACCCACUCUGCUGCUUUCAGUGUACUUGAAAGUGGCCAGCACAAAACUGUAACACCAAAUGGACUAUAAGGGGUUGAUAAGGAACAGGGAACAUCAUCCAACAAUUCACAAGAGCAGCCGAGUAUCCAGUUAGUUGAGCGGUGAAGUAACUCAACGAGUUCUGAGUGUCAAAGGUUCAAGCAGCUAAAAGAAAUAGAUCCAUCAGAGAUAUUUAGGGUUCUCUGAACUUUAUGAAAACUCAACAUUCAUCUUUCCUGGCUGCACAACCUUAGAAGGAUUCUGCUGACCAUGUUUUUGUUUUUAAAUUUAAGAAAACAAGAAGACAGACACGGCCCCCUCCAGCAGUAAAAUCUGGAAAUCAAUGAAAUAAAAUUACUUCAAGCGUCUGGAUGGCUCAGUGGGCUAGGUAUAGGGUUUGCAUCCAGGAGACCUGGGUUUAAUCCCUGGGGUGUCCACUGAUCCCCACCCAGAUUGGGUCUUAAGGCAAGACCCUUAACGCUGCCGCCUAACUGGGUCCCUGUGCCCCUCAAGUACAGGGUUGUGUCAGGAAGGGCAUCCGGCGUAAAAACUCUGCCAAAUCACUGAUGCGAAAGAGUGGGUGCUGUUUCGCUGUGGCGACCCCAAAAUACAAAAUGGGAUAAGCCGAAAGGUGAACAACAAUUCAAUAAAAUUACUUCAAUUUGUGAAUCUUACUCCAUUUAAAGAAUUCAGUUACUAUGGCGACAAUUUUAGAAUGACAUUUCCAAAAGGUUUUUCACAAAUAAGUCAUUACAAUUUUAAAUAUUUUAUCAAUUUGCCUAAGAAAUAAAAAAGACAACUCUUCAAUUUCGUUUCUGUGAAUAGGAUUGUGCAUAUUUUUUUAAACUCAAUGAAAGCUUCUAGAUUAAAAACUGUGACUUUAAAAAAAAAAAAAAGUGGAAAAUUUUGGGGGAAAAAAAUUUCACCUGGACUCAGGUGAGUCUAAACAAAGUUGCACAUCAAUGAGUGAGAAGUCGUGCAAUUCCACGUCCAAUUUGUUUGUUUUUUUCUCCACAAUUUCUUGUCUCCAACAAAUUGCAAAUGUUUGAUGAACAGAACAGGCUGAAGUUAAAUUAGUGAGUUUCAAAUCAUUUUUAGGGUGUUAAUUAUCAAACAAACAAAAUGUUAAACUAGAUUUUUCUUUAAAUUGUUGUAAAAAUGUCGUUAAUGCAAUAGAUUUUUGUUAAUAAAUACCCAAGGUGCAUUAUGGAACUGAUCCAGCAGAGUUAUAGGACGAAUACACUGUAAAACAUAUUUUAUUUUCUAGAUCAGAUAGGACUUCACUAGACAAAGCCAUAUUGUUUAGAUUGCAAUAAUUCAAGCGUUCAAAAAAUAUGAACAUUGAAAUUUAAUUGUCUUAAUUGUUUUCUGUGGAAAAAAAACCAUCAACAUAAAGUCAGAAUUUAGACAUUUGUUUGUAUAUUUGUUUCCCUUUCCUCUUGAAAAUCGUUUAAUCACGUUUACAUCUAGAAAAUGUACGUAAAGAAAAGAAAAAAAAGAAACCAUUGUUGAAAAUGUCUCAAUGUGAUAUCCGUGUAUCGUAAGGGUGUGUUUCUAUGUGUGUCUUUCUACAUGUCUGUGAUGUGAAACCAUGUUGUCCUGGUUGAUCCUAAAUGUAAAUGUGUCUUGAAGCUGUUGUGUGCAGAAGCAGAGGCCUCCUAGUUGUGCCAUGUCUUAAAAAAAAGCAUAAAAAUUACACAAAAAAACUUAACACAUUCCAUUUAAAUGUUAAGCAUGCAAAUAUUUCUUAGAAACAAUAAUAAACCAACUGUAAAAAAAAAAAAAAAAAAAAA